GAUUUUAUUUCUUUACCUUUACAACAAAUUCUACCAUAUCCACCCCAGCCUUUGUCUCUCGAGUUUUCGAGUAACAUCCAUCUUUCAUCAUGCCUUCAAACAAUCGUCCUUCUCGCAAUCGCAAGAUGCCUGAGAGAUUUAACUCUCCAUCCGUUCAAAUCGAAACCUCCACCCACAGCCAGACUGUUGCCACUGUACCUAGCACACCUCCACCAAGCACUCCUAAUCAUGCUUCUUCCAGUUCUCCAUCUUCUGCCGCAUCAACUCCAACUCCUCUCAUCAGAAGCGGAGGUAUUCAGUGGAGAAAGAACCUUAGAGCUACUUUGCCUGCAGCAACCGAAGUGCAACAUUUAUCAGCACAACAUAGGCAAGAGUCUGAAGCCUCGGUCGUAGAAGCUCAGGCCAAUUCCAUUCCGGAACCCAGGCGUGAGGUUGGAGAAAUUUCGGUUCACAAGCCUGAAGAUGAAUACGACGUUGAUUCGCCUUACUUUGGACUGGAACAUACUCCAGAGUGGGAUGAUUUGGGAAUUGAUAUCGAUGAUCAAAGCCAAGGAAGAUGGUAUCCACCUGGAUUGAUGGCACCUCCUGCUUACAACUCUCUUUCCCCCGCUGCAAGAAUCAUGCUAUUUCACGAAGUCACUAAGAAGAUGCCGUUCAAGAAUCUAGUCGCGUAUCUUAAUGUCACCGAUGAUCAAUUGGAUAACUUCGUUGAACUACACAAUUCAGAAAUUAUGCGAUACAUAAAAGAGGAAGAGCUUGAACGCUCUGUUGAGGCACGAAUGAGCGAAAUCCGCAGACGUGAGAACCGAUUGGUCACAUCUGAAGAAUUUGACUUGAUGUUGUACGAAGAGGUCGACUCGAAGCUUCCACCAACAGUCCUUGAUUCUCCCAUUUCACUUUUGGAAAUUGGCAAGGCUAUCGCUUUUCUUCAGACCUGCUAUGGCUCACAAAUACCUGGAAACCACUUAAACAAUGGCUUGCGUUUAAACAAUGUCGUUCUCUCAUUAUCUGAGUUCAACGAGAUCAUCGAGGAAAUGGGAAAAUACCAUUGGCUUGGUGAGAGCCAUUACUAUGAUUUCAAUCAUGAUUUGGGCUUGGCAGAAUAUAUUGAUGAGAUCAAUCGUGUUAACAGUGUCCAAGAAAGCGUUUCUUCUGCCCAAGAGGCUGAGAAACCAGCUAAGCAACCCAUUGGUCGCCCAAAGAAGCGAGGAAAGCAGUUCGGCAACAAACCACUUCGCAACAAAGCAGAACUCUUGAAGAUGGUUCUGUCUUCUAAGGUACAGCAAAUGGAUAGCGGUGAGGACGAGGCUGCAAAAAAUGCUGAGGGUGGAGCUGUAGACAAGGGAAAGAGAAAAAUGCUUUGAAUGUUUCAAAUUCGUUCGCACAUUGGGAUUGGGUUUUCGCGGGGAAUCAACAUUUUGUUACAUAGCA